AUGAGUCAACACAACAACGGCGAAACCGACAGUCAUACGUCUAACGACAGGCAAGACGGUCGUGAUCCAUCUCGUUGCGACGGACAGGCCCAUUUGGCUGAGGAUGAUCCCACUCCGAGAGAACUAAUGCGCGCCCCUCAGCUUAGUCAGAUCGGACUAGAAACAACGACAAUGAAGUGCCUAGUCUGCGGAAAAGCACGCCCGUGGACGGGUGCGAAAUUUCUCACUUGCUCAACACGGUGCCGUAACCAGCUAUUGAAAAGAGCAGACGAGCCGCAGAUGGAAAAUGAAGGGGGGAAGGACCUCGAGACGUCGGCGCCAUACACGACCUCCAACGGGAAACCGCGGGAACACUAUCGAGCCCCUAAGAAUUGGGUACCGACGGAAGACGACAUGAAGGUUUACAGCAUCUCCCAUGAUGGUACGAAGGACACACUCGAAGAUCGUGCAAAGUACUGA